GUUUUAUAUUUUCAGGCCCUAUUUUGUACAUUUUAUUAUUAGUGCCUCAUGCAAAUGGUUGCAGAUAUUUAUGCAUCAUGUUAUUCUUUUAAAACAAAUCAUUACAUGAACAGCCUUGGAUUAGACGAGACAGAUAAUUGUGCAAAAAAUAUUUGAUAAUAUGAGUAAUGUAUUUGUACUUUGUACAGAACAUUUUCUUUGAAGAAGCAUUGAAGAAAACAGUUGAGGAUUUUUACAGGAACUGAAUGAUUUGGCAGAAUCAGAGAUUAAACUGUAUAUUUUACCCAUGAUGGACUUCAUACAACUCAAGUGAUUAUUCAUUUAAUCACACACAACAAUCAAAGCUCUCACCAAGUUAAUUAGGUGCCGAGACCUAUGUUUCAGUAAAGAUGUGAAAAAGGUCUACAGUCUAAAAACAUUUUUAUUAAAUUUAAACAGUGCAAACAUCAGUGUAACAAUUCACUUGUUCUCAAAGGUUGCAUACAAAAUGCUAUAAAUCUUUAGGUGAUCAUAGUCAAACAAUCAAUCAAUCAACAGUACACACACCUAACAGCCAAAUUAAAUAAAUCAAACUCAAGGUGCUUAGUAAACCUCCCUUUGUGUGUGUGAUGAAUCAGUGGAAUGGACGGUCCGCUCCCAUAUUAAGAGGAGGAUACAGUACUGAUAUAAAUAGGCGGAUCAUAUUGUCAGUUUUAGUGAGUUCACUCUCAAGUCAGGAACAAUGUUUGCACGUGGAGUCAUCGUCCUUCUCUGUGUCCUAGUGGCCGUAUCUGAUGGAGCGAGAGCGCCUAACUGCAAGCCUAAUCCAUUUAAAAUAUGCAUAAGGAUCUAUAAACCUGUAUGUGGAUCUGAUGGGAAAACAUACAGCAAUGAAUGCCGACUGUGUGUUGCAAACCAGGGGUCAAAGACUAAAAUCUUAAUCCAGAAGGAAGGCGAAUGUGAUCAACCUCUAAAGCCUACCAAGCCCUCACCUAUCAUGUGCCCAAUGAUCUAUAAACCCGUGUGUGGAUCUGAUGGAAAAACAUACAGCAAUGAAUGCCUGCUGAAUGCUGCCAACCAGGCAUCAAAGACCAAAAUCGUUAUCCUGAAGCAAGGCGAAUGUGAUCAACCUCUACAGCCCUCACCUAUCAUGUGCCCAGAGAUCUAUGCACCCGUGUGUGGAUCUGACGGAAAAACAUACGGCAAUGAAUGCGCGCUGAAUGCUGCCAACCAGGCGUUAAAGACCAAAAUCGUUAUCCUGAAGCAAGGCGAAUGUGAUCAACCUCUACAGCCUAACUGCAAGCCUAACCCGUCUAAAAUGUGCCCAAAGAUCUAUGCACCCGUGUGUGGAUCUGAUGGAAAAACAUACAGCAAUGAAUGUGAACUGUGUGUUGCCAACGAGGCAUCAAAGACUAAAAUCUUAAUCGUGAAGCAAGGCGAAUGUGAUCAACCUCUACAGCCUACCAAGCCCUCACCUAUCAUGUGCCCAAUGAUCUAUGCACCCGUGUGUGGAUCUGACGGAAAAACAUACGGCAAUGAAUGCGCGCUGAAUGCUGCCAACCAGGCGUUAAAGACCAAAAUCGUUAUCCUGAAGCAAGGCGAAUGUGAUCAACCUCAACAGCCUAACUGCAAGCCUAACCCGUCUAAAAUGUGCCCAAAGAUCUAUGCACCCGUGUGUGGAUCUGAUGGAAAAACAUACAGCAAUGAAUGUGAACUGUGUGUUGCCAACGAGGCAUCAAAGACUAAAAUCUUAAUCGUGAAGCAAGGCGAAUGUGAUCAACCUCUACAGCCUACCAAGCCCUCACCUAUCAUGUGCCCAGAGAUCUAUAAACCCGUGUGUGGAUCUGAUGGAAAAACAUAUGGCAAUGAAUGCGAACUGAAUGCUGCCAACCAGGCGUUAAAGACCAAAAUCGUUAUCCUGAAGCAAGGCGAAUGUGAUCAACCUCUACAGCCUGACUGCAAGCCUAACCCGUCUAACAUAUGCACACUGAACUAUUCACCUGUGUGUGGAUCUGAUGGAAAAACAUACGGCAAUGAAUGCGAACUGUGUGCUGCCAGCGAGGCAUCAAAUACUAAAAUCUUAAUCGUGAAGGAAGGCGAAUGUGAUCGACCUCAACAGCCUGACUGCAAGCCUUACCCAUCUAACGGAUGCCCAGAGAUCUAUAAACCCGUGUGUGGAUCUGAUGGAAAAACCUACAGCAAUGAAUGCGAACUGUGUAUUGCCAUCAUGAACUCAGGAACUGAAAUCUUUAAGGUGAAGGAUGGCGAAUGCGAUAAACAUCUGCAGGAGUGACACAGGAAUGGCAGCAUAAUUCAGCUUGACAGACCUUUAGUCAGCAUUAUUGUCUCAUUCACUAUAACCUGAAUAUGUAACGGUUUAAUCCUUAAAUAAAUGCUGCAUAUUGAA